AGCGGUAUCGGGCGAACUGGGACGCGAACACGGCCUCAUUUAUUGCCAGGGACUGUUCUCCGGCAGCGCCGUCGCUCCCACAGCCCGCUCGGGCCGGCUAGGGUGUGAGGGGGCGCGGGGCAGGCCGGGAAGGGCGCGGGGCAGGCCGGGAGUGCCCCGGCACUCGGCGCAGGGGCAGCGGCACCAGCACCGACACCGACACCGACACCAGCACCGGCGGGAUGUGGUACGAGAUCCUGCCCGGCAUGGCCAUCAUGGGCGUCUGCCUCAGCGUCCCCGGCCUGGCCACCAUAUUCAUGCACCGCUUGUGUAACGGCGGCAAGGAGAAGAGGAUCGCCCGCUAUCCCUAUGAGUGGACGCUGAUGGAAAGGGACCGGCGGCUGUCGGGUGUCAACAAACACUAUGUGUCCAAGGGUCUGGAGAACAUAAACUAAGGUGUCAACGCGUUGAAAAAUUCAUCUAUCUAUAGAAAAUGAUUUAAUUCUUAAAUAAAGUUAUACAUGUGUUCA